AUGAACGUCAACUUCGAUACGAGUGGAGGCGACGCCCUCUUGGACCUCUCCUCCUUCGACCAGCGGGACCGGUUUUCCUAUGCCUCGCAAAUCCCCUCAUCCCAGAACAGCCCCCAGAGCGUCACCAACAUGCCCGCUCAGAGGAUCUGGCCCAUUCCCUUGGAUAUGACCUCCAAUGUCGCAGCCUCGAGUCCUCCCGAGGACCAACAAGCCCACUCGCCUUCACAUAGCUCCUCACCUUUGAGCCAGCACUCGCAUCAUUCACCAUAUCAACAACCCGUCAACUCAUUGACCGACUGGGCCCUGCAACAACAUCAGCAUCAGCAACAACAGGCCCCUCAUGGAUUGCCCGAUUAUUCCCAAUAUGUCUCCGACGCCUACAUGCCCGUAACAUACAACCCAUAUGCCCCGGGCUUCCAGACAAAUCCCAUCGACUUUCUCCCCGCCACGACCCAGGCGCUGCAGGCCGCAAACUUUCAACUCGCAUCCGCCUUCAACACGAUGCCUCCCAUGGACGACACUGUUCCGGCUAUGAAUUGGAGCAUGGGAAUGGAGAGCUGGCACGAUAUCCAGGCCGCUGCCUCAGCAUUGCAAAUCGACGGUCUGUCACAUAGCAUCGGCAGCAAUUCGCCCACGGGGACCUUCCUCGAGGUCCUGUCCCUGCCGAGCACCGGCAAUGGAGAGGGGUGGUCAAUGGUCGUUGAGCAGGGUUCCGGAGCAGGAUUCGACCACUUUCAACAGGCACAGCCCAAUGCGGCAAUCUUCAACCCCAGCCAGACGCUUCACUUGAGAACCAACUCGGAUUCGUCGGACGGCGCCAAUUCAUUUGAACUUGGCAGCUAUGAGGAGAUUGCUCCUUUCCCCAUCUCUCCCUUCUCCCCCGAGUCUGAUGGAUACGUCGAUGCCGGAUCUCACCGCAAUUGCUUCGGAGACAACCACAACCAUGCUCAUACUCACAGCCACGCUCACGCACACACUCAUGCCCACGUUCACAACCACGACACAGUCAGUCCUGCAGCUGCCGUUGCUCCCAUGCCCAUCAAGACGACCACUCCGACCCGGCCAACUCCCGCCAGCGGCUCCGGCGCCACAUCUCCCCCCAUCCUCACCACCGCCCGGAGAAACUCGGGCCAGAGACGCAGCCCCGUUACCGGCAAGGCCACCAAGGCCGUCAUUCGCCGCACUUCAACCGGCAAGAAGGAUGGCACCGAGGUCAAGAAGGUUGGCCGCAGAAAGGGCCCUCUUCUACCCGAGCAGCGCAAGCAGGCGAGUGAGAUUAGAAAGCUUCGUGCCUGCCUGCGUUGCAAGUUCUUGAAGAAGACCUGUGACAAGGGUGAGCCUUGUGCUGGUUGCCAGCCGUCUCAUGCCCGCCUGUGGCAGGUUCCUUGCACUCGUAUUGACAUCAAGGACAUUGGCUACUUCAUGAAGGACUGGAAGGCCGACUAUGAGCGCCACCUUGGACGUGGUGUCUCAGUCUACAACGUCAAGGGCUUUGCUCAGAACGAGACUGUCAUGUGGAUCACUCACGGCUAUGGCUUUGCCCUCCCCGUCUACGUCCGCGAGGUCUACGUGGCCGAUGAGAGCUGCUUCCAGGUUGACUGGGUUGAGUCCUGCUUGACCGACCAGGAGCCCAUCGACUUUGACAUCCGCACUGAGAGACUCGAUGUCGGUGCCAAGGGCGUUUCCGUUGAGGCUCUGUCCGACUACCUUGACAAGCACAUUGAUGGAGGCUUCGAGGACUUCAUUGAGGACCACUUUGAGGGCACACCCUUUAUCACCGAGAUCCUCAAGACUGCUCACCGCUACUACGUCAAGGAGCGUAUGCCUGUCAUCCGCAAGGCUCUGAAGCUCGUCCUCGCCUACAACCUCACCCUGCACAUCACCAUGGUCGAGAGCCAAGGUGAGGAUGUUCAACUUGAUGGCCAGAUCGAUGAUGAGGACUCCAAGUACUACGGCAAGACCGUUGCUCCCGUCAUGAUCAACUUCCAGAUCAAGUGUGCCAUGGCCGACAUGUGGCGUGAGCUUCAGAAGGAGAUCCUCGAGGAGCUGUCUGCUCUGUACUCCAGUGUCUACAGCGGCGAGCGUCUCAAGAACUGGCCCACCAUCUUCAUGCUGGCUUCCAUUCUCCUCGCUGUCUGGGAGGAGAUGCAGUUCGACUGCCACUACCGUGUCCCCGACCCGGCUGCUGUCAACAAGUUCUGCAAUGAUAUGGAGACCACCCCUGUUGGUGUCAUUGUUGGCCUCUUCCACGCCAUCUCCCAGAAGCUCCCUGCCUUUAUGGACUGGGACACCGCCAAGCACGGCCACCUCCUGAACAACAACGUCGCUGUCUGUGAGGCUAUGACCGAAGUCCGUCAGCAUGUCAUCAAGCACGAGGCAUACCUGCGUACUCGUCCCGACGCUAGCUUUGACCGUAACGACUUCGACUGCUUGUCGAACAAGUUCUUGUCAAAGCUCGUUAUCCGCGCCAACUGA